CAGCAUGUCCGGCAGAGGCAAAGGCGGGAAGGGGCUCGGCAAGGGCGGCGCCAAGCGGCACCGCAAGGUGCUGCGCGACAACAUCCAGGGCAUCACCAAGCCGGCCAUCCGGCGCCUGGCUCGGCGCGGCGGCGUGAAGCGCAUCUCGGGGCUGAUCUACGAGGAGACGCGCGGCGUGCUGAAGGUGUUCCUGGAGAACGUGAUCCGCGACGCCGUCACCUACACGGAGCACGCCAAGAGGAAGACGGUCACGGCCAUGGACGUGGUGUACGCGCUCAAGCGCCAGGGACGCACCCUCUACGGCUUUGGCGGCUAAAGCAAAACAUUUCUUUCCCGGACCACCUCGACAACCCAAAGGCUCUUUUAAGAGCCACCGACUUUGUCUUUCGAAAGAGCUGU